GCAUUCCAAGCUCAAAACUUCCAUCUUAUUUACAAGUUUUAUUUUGACAACAAUCUCUUUUCUAGUCUCGCACACUAAGCAAUGGGUUUUCAUUUACCUGUUAUCAGAAAGGCAUCAUUUGCUACAAACCAAUCAGCUUCAAAAGUUGUGGACGUGCCAAAGGGCUAUCUAGCCGUCUACGUUGGAGAGAAAAUGAGGCGGUUUGUGAUACCCUUGACAUACUUGUGCCAACCUUCAUUUCAAGAUUUGUUGAGUCAAGCUGAAGAAGAAUUUGGGUAUGACCAUCCAAUGGGUGGUCUUACAAUUCCUUGUGGAGAAGAUAUGUUCUUAGAUAUCACUUCUCGUUUGAACAAGUGUUAA